GCAAAUACGGCGCCCAUCAGGCUACGAGACACACCCGCCGAACUGCAGGCCAAACUGGGCUUGAGCAACCAACGAUUUGAGAACUUUAAAAACUUUGCCAGAAGAGCCCACAACGAAUAUAUGCACUCCCAUCCCACCUCCAGAUGGGCCGACGUCAAUGUGGUCUGGACUGCCCUGCCGGAACAAGAGACCAUGGCUGCGACCGAGAUCAUGUACAAUCUUUGUCGGGAUGGCAACCUAUUUCCUUCCACAUAUCCGCAACAAAGAAUCAGAGAUGGAAUUCUGGCCAGGCUGCAUCAAGUCCGGCGUACUUGGCAGCAAGGAAAAAGACAACCACGAGGACAACAGGCUGAU